UUGGAAUUACUAUUGCUAUAGGCACAUUGCAGUUCAUUUGACAGUAUGUAAACAAACAGACAUCAUGCAGACGUACAACUUCUGCAUGGCUUUUUAUUUGAGUAUAUUGAGUGUCAUGCAGCUUUGUCAAGCAAUUAAUGACAAACAGAAUGUUCUUUUCAUUAUUGCUGAUGAUCUUCGCACUUCAUUAGGAUGUUAUGGUGACAAAUCAGCUUACUCUCCAAACAUUGACUUCCUGGCUCAGCAAUCCUUUGUUUUUACCAACGCAUAUUCUCAGCAAGCUCUAUGUGGACCAAGUCGAACAUCUCUACUUACAAGUCGAAGUCCGCAUCACCUAAAUCAGUAUGAUGUUCACCAAUAUUGGCGUGUAACAGCAGGAAAUUUCACAUCGCUUCCCCAAUUUUUCAAAGAGAAAGGAUACAAGACAAUCUCAAUCGGAAAAGUUUUCCAUCCGGGAAAAUGCAGCAAUUUUGUUGAUGACCAGCCAUUUAGUUGGUCUGCCCAGCCUUUUCAUCCAAAAACAGAGAAGUUCAAAAACGCUCCAGUUUGUCCUAGUGUCAGUGGAAGUGGCCCCUCUGUAAGCAUAGUCUGUCCAGUCAAUACAAUGGAUCAGCCUCAGCAAACAUUACCUGACUUGGAAUCCUUGAGGGAAGCGGAAAAAUAUUUGCAAAAUCAUGUACAAGACACAUCGGAAGAGCCUUUCUUCAUGGCAGUUGGAUUCCAUAAACCACACAUUCCAUUAAAAUUUCCUCAGGAAUAUUUAAAUUACCAUCCAUUGGAUAAAAUAUCACUGUCACAAAUGAGAAGACGUCCACCAAAAUUGCCAAGCUCUGCAUGGAAUCCCUGGUUCGAUCUUAGAAAAAGAGAUGACAUUAAUCAUCUUAACAUUAGCUUUCCAUGGGGAGCAAUGCCUGAUGACCAGGCAUUAAAAGUAAAGCAGAGCUAUUAUGCCUCUGUGUCAUAUAUAGACCAUCUCAUUGGAAAACUGCUCCAAAAACUUGACGACUUAAAAUUGAGAAACAAUACUAUCAUCCUUUUCACAAGCGACCAUGGAUGGUCAUUAGGUGAACAUGGAGAGUGGUCAAAGUAUAGCAACUAUGAAGUUUCUACCCAAGUUCCUCUAAUUUUAUCAGUGCCAGGCACAAGAGGGCGCCACAUUAAAAAUUUGGUAGAGCUAUUAGAUAUAUUUCCAACACUUGUUGACAUAGUUGGUAUUGAGGGAGGAGUUCCAAAAUGUAUAAAUGGGUACACUGACAUUUUUUGUACAGAUGGUAGAAGUCUGAAACCUCUUUUUGAUAAAACUGAGUACAAGAAGAUUGUAAAAUGGCGUGUAGGGGCAUUCAGUCAAUACCCACGUCCAGGAGACUAUCCAUCUCUAAACCCAGACUCAGAUCAGCCGCACCAGCAAGACAUAAAAGUCAUGGGGUACUCAGUUCGUACUUCUCGACAUCGGUACACAGAGUGGGUUAAGUUUGAUACCAAAACCAUGACACCUAAUUGGACUAAAGUUUAUGGCUCUGAACUGUAUGAUCAUGUGAUAGACCCCAAUGAGAACUUAAAUUUAGGUGACAGAGAAAAUUUGAACCCUCUAAUUUUAUCUUUCAAAUCAAUGUUGUACAAGAGGUGGAGUACGUAAAACAAUAAAAAGUACACCGAAUUUA